CGGACAACGCGCGCAAGUCUCACCGAGCAUUGUCCCCCACCCGAAAUCUUCGUCUUCGUUUUGUUCGCUCCGCGAGCUUUGUGUUCCCCGGUCCCACCGCCGUGUUCCCCGGGCGCCUCGCCCGGUCUCAUUCUAUUCCCGCGCCGGCUCACCGAGGGUCGUCUCCACCGCAUCCGCGAUCUCCACGAUCUCCGCGCUUUCCACGCUUUUCCGCGCUUCCGGUUCCGGGGUCGCUUUCCCGGCCGUCACCGUGACUUGUGGUGUGUUCCGCAGUGUGAAGUGUCACCUAUCGACCGCUAUCAGAUAACGAACGGGUGAUUGAUAAGGGAUUUUGUUUUACGCUUAUUCCCAGUGCGAUCAGAGUUUUUUACAACGCGAUGCGGCUGAUUUUGUGCCGGUUCAGUUGGGUCUAAGGCCCGGUUUUCGCGGAUCUUACGGCUGACUUUUCCUGAUUUUGUGGAGGGACGUUUCUUUCGGCGAUAGUGAGGAGUUUAACGUGUCAAAGUGAUAUUGAUGACUGUCACGUAGAGGAAUAUGUCAUCGAAGCGGAAAUCGCCUCCAUCGAAGAUACAAGAAUCCGGAGGGCAGGAGGAAGGGGCGGCCGACGAGACUAGCAGCGACCACAUCGAGUCCCUGGCCAACUCCGCCGAGGAGCAGAAGGAAGAGGACGAGGACCAGCACCCCCACCAACCCCCGCCACCACCUCCACGAACCCCAACACCCACCCCCUACAACCACCUGGCCAACAAUGUCGAGAAACAGCUCAACCUGAGCCCCAGCAACUCCGACUCCGAAGCCAAGGAGGACAUGUUCUACAAGGUGGAGCACCAGUCCACGGGGAGUUCCUCCUCCGAGGGUGAGCCCCCCGGCCCCCAGGAGGCCGAACCCCCCAAAUCCAAGCGGCGGAAGCACGCGCGGGCCCGCUCCCUCCUCUUCAACCAGCACGCCCCCGAGCUGGGGAUGAACCUCAACUUCGACCCCAAGCUGCUCAACUACCAGCAGCACUGUCCCAUCAACUUCCCGUCGCCGCUCCUUAACUCGUGCUACAACGAGACCCUCCUCAAGUCGGCCUACUUCAGUCGGAUGGCCGACUCGCAGCUCUUCGAGAAGUUCGAUCACUCGCUCGGCAAGUCGUACUUCCUGGACAAGCGGAAGGAGUGCGAGUACGACGCCAAGCCGAUGCACCUGAACAACAACAGCACGACGGUGAACCACAACUCCAAGUCGGAGAAUAGUUUUAGUAGCAACGGGAAGAAUCAUUUGAGUGAUAGUAGUGUUUGUAAUAGUGUGGGUAGUAAUAAUGGUUCUAGUGUUCGCAACUGCUUCGGCGGGAAUUCCGGGACGAGCAAGCGGACUAUGAACGACGUCCUGAGGAAGCUCUCCUCCAAGAACAAUAGUUUUAGUUCCGCGCGCGAGGAGAAGACGGCUUCACCGCGGUCGCCCGCCGCUGACAGGCAUAGUGCGAAUCAACAUUCCGGGGAAAGUGGGUGCAACGAGGAGCAGGACGCGGGGUCGGUGGGGGUGGGGGGCGGAGCGGGGUCGACGGGGAUGGACCCGGCCGCGAUGCUGCUCCAGCUCCAGGCCAACGCCGGCUCCGACGCCACCCACCUCGAGAAGGAGCUCACCGACAUGAUCCUCCAACUCCAGAUGUUCCGCGACCGACUUCUCGCCCAACAGGAACAACAUAAUAAGAUGUCUUUAGAAUCUCAAAAACAAUUAGACCUUCACAAGCUGCACCAAGACCGGCUCAAAAUGCAGCAGGAUUAUCUCCUUCAACAGCAUAAAAUUCAAGAACUUCAGAGUCAAAUAUCAAGUCAGUACCCAAAUCCGCAGUCACUGUUAUUUCUUCCAUUUCUGGAUCAUUUAAGAGGCUUACCUCCUGGUGCUAAUAAUAAUAUGCCAGCGCUCACACCAUCUAGUUCAGCAUCUCCACUGAUACCGUCAAUGCCAAGUUGGAUGUCGCAGCUCUCGUCUUCGCCGACGCUGCCGCAGCUCCAGCGGCCCGCGGGCAGAUCUCCACCCUCCUCGCCGCAGGAGCCGCCCCGGACGCCCAACCCCCCGUGCCCCCCGGCCCCAGCGCCCGCCCCCGCGCCGGCGCCCACCGACCCGGACGCCCCCCUCAACCUCUCCAAACCAAAGAACAGCCCCUCGCCCUCGUCGCCCAGGGGCCACCACCCGGCCGCCCCCGCGCAGGAACCCAGGGAGCGGCAUCCCCCCUCGCCCUCCCUCCGGGAGCCCCUCAACACCCCCAAACUCCUCCCUUCCAGUCUGGUCAUGCCGAGGGGCUUUCUGCCCCCCUACGUCGGCCUACCUCCUCACCAUGCCGGAUCCUCUGGCAAAUCAGGUUUAUCUCCAAACAAGGAUGGAGAAAAAUUACCUCCGUAUCAAGGACUACACCUGUACCCUCCUCCACCACAAAAUUCAAGGGAGCGAGAAGACGCCAAAGAAGAUCAAAGCUUCAUGAGUCACUUGUGGGGACCUGAAUCUAGUUUUAAGCUUCCAGAGGAAAAUAGUGAUAAAGUGAAAAUGGUCAAACAACAGAAAAAAGACGGCGAAAAUAAGCAUAUUAAAAGGCCAAUGAACGCAUUCAUGGUUUGGGCUAAAGACGAACGCCGAAAAAUUCUAAAGGCUCAUCCAGACAUGCACAAUUCAAAUAUAUCAAAAAUUCUAGGUGCAAAAUGGCGGUCCAUGUCUAACGCAGACAAACAGCCAUAUUACGAGGAACAGUCCCGGCUGUCGAAACAACACAUGGAGACGUAUCCCGACUACCGCUACAAACCCAAACCCAAACGCAUCUGUAUCGUCGACGGGAAGAAGCUGAGGAUAACAGAAUACAAAAACCUGAUGCGGCAGAGACGAAUCGAAAUGAGACAAGUUUGGUGCCAAGGGGAAGGAAGUCCCUCAGGAUCUGGAGGCCCUAAUUUCGGAUACCCUCCUGAUGGCUCCCUCACACCCACGGAUAUAAUGUCCUUUUCACCAGGAGGCUCGCCAAAUUUCGACGUGAAUUCCGAAGAUUUAGAUUAAAUGAAAUUCAAGUAGAUUUUUGAACUUUAGUAGGUUUUUUUGUUUUUUAAAAAAAAAUUCCAAUGAUCCUCUCCCAAAUGUAAUAGCUGAUAUCAUAGUUAAUCUGCGUUAUUGAUUUCUAAGAAUAGUGCCCAUAAUCACAUCAUUAAAAUGUUAAAGAACUGUGUCUCUCCGUGAGGGAACUCUCUAACUUUUGAAGAAGAAAACUCCGCGUUGCUCUACAAUUUUUUGUAGACUUUAAAUUUUUUCCACAAGUGUUUAACCUUCUCUAUUUUUUUGGGAUUGGAAAAUCUAUUUUUUAACUCCAAUGAUAAUCUGAAUAGGCUCUCGUGUCAUACUGAAAACAAGGUCAUGGUGGCUGUAUUUGAUACUGUAUUGAUAGAUUACUUUAAAUUAUCUUGUCGAAACACGUUUUGAAGAUAGAGUUGAUACGAAAAUUUGUAAUAAUUCUUCAAUUUUAAAAGCAGAACCCACAAAAUAGAGGCUUUCAUUUACCUUCUUACUCUGCAUUCUCUAUUUUAUGACACAAGAUCAAAAUGAAGGAGGAAAUCCAAUAAUUAAUUAAUUAAUUGAUUGAGACGACAAAUCUAGAACUAUAAAUAUACCUACUACACGGCGUCUUAUUUCCUUGAAGAACAAAAUCAUCAAAAAUAUCCUCCUCGACGCAGAAUUGCACGUAAAAUGACGUAUUCAUCGAGAUGGAAUGUAGGCUUGGCCUUUGAGUAAAGCAAAAUUUUUUAUGAAAUUUAACAAAACAGUUUGCGAAAUUCAUAAAAACAAAUUGUUGAUUUAAUUUUUUUUACGAAACAUUCUAGAUAAUUGUUUUCAACUAUAAAAAUCUGAAGAUGAUCAUACAGUAUUAUCUAAUUAUAUUCAAUUUUCCAGUAAAAACAUGGAGUAGAAUAGUUGUCCUCUUAAUUUAAUUCCAUCAAUUAAGAAUUGGAGCAUUUCUAAAGUGUACUUCGAAGUCAAGUUUUCACGCCAAAAUAUUGCAAUGACAUAAUGUGUGCCACUGUUACUAUUCAUAAGUAGCGUAAUGUGUUGUAUUCUAUUUUACUUAUCCUGCUAGUGAUAUUUUUUUGUGAUAUUGGGAGAGCAAAAAAUUGUAAAGAACAGGCCUGGAUUAAAAGGAGGCCUGGUUUUAACGAUCAAAGGGUCAAGACUUUUUUUUUGUUUAAUCAUAGUACCGCGGACUGUUCGGUAAGCAUCAACUUUGACAAAAUUCCUGCAUGUGAUACCUUCGGUAUACUCAAAUGGGAUUUUUUUCAUUUUUGAAAACUGCGCUUCAAUUCUAUACUUUUGAAGGUAGGUACCGAAGCAAUGAAUUAUGUGUCUACGUGAUACUAAGGCAAGUCGGGAAAAUGAAGGCUCCUAGCUCAAAGGGGAAAAUUGAAAACCUUGGGGUCAGUUCUAAAAUGAACGGUAAGAAUUUUUCAUUUUCCUUUCAUUUUGUCAAUGGAUUGUUGGUACAGAAAAAGAGACUUGCGAUUUUUUAGCUUGGUAGAACCUGAAAGGGCAAGGAGAUUUUCCUGAAUACGCUCUGAAUGAAUUAGUAUCAGCAAUUUCCAAGGUAAAAAAUUAUUGAGAUAGCGCAAUUAGUUAAAGUUGAUGGUUGCCUUCUUUCUUUGACUGAAUAGACAUUAGUUAGACAUCUUACAAACUCUUGGUAAUGUAUUACUAUUUGAGAGUUUCCUUAAUAUACUAUACUCAACAGAUUUUUCAAACCACGAAGGGUGGACGAAAGAUUGUCAUGAUCAUGUUGUAAGCUUCUUAGCCGGUGCAAAUAAUAUUCCUUGUUAUCGUAUUAAUAGCUCUUUCAAACCUUUUAGGAUUCUUAAUUAUCAAUAUUUAUUUGUAAAUUUGUAUCUUCCUCUUGUAUUUAUGAGUUGAAACCGGUCAAAGCCGACAGGCAUUUUUUGUCUUUUUUAUUUUAAUUUUUUAUUUUUUACUUGUGUAAGUCAGUUUUAACGAAUCAGCCAGAUUGGAAAUCUCUACAGUCCCUUGAAUUUUCUACAUUGGAGGUCGUAUUUAUAGUCGUUCUUCAGCAGCUCAUUUCCUUUAGAGGUUCCAUAAGUCUACAUUGUAAUUACAAGAGGUUUAAAAGGUCCUCAAAAAGUGUCAUAAAAAGAAGAAGAAUUAUUGCCAACCGCGAGUAAAAUUCAGCAGUAUAACCUUGGAAAGGGAUCCUUGUGUGGAAUUACAAUGGUUUGCCACCGCAAGGAGUACAAAAUACCUACGGAAGAAAAAAUCCUAUAUUUUUAACAAACGUUAAGGUACCUAGAUAUGAACUUGAACCUUAAAAUUUACUACACUUACAUCUACCAGUAUGAAUAUUUUCUUCAAUAUUUUGUAUUUCUUAUAGUGGUAAUUUAUUGUAGUCCAUUUCUAGGCUCCUUUUCUGAAUUCAUCUCGCUGAAUUUUAUUAAAGGUUUGCAAAAUGUGUCGCUUUUAUGAUGCUAUGUUUAGGAUACCCUUGAAUUUUCCUUAAUCACGACGUGAACUAUGUGGGGUCUUCUAAGGAAGGAGCUGUUCAAAAUGCGACUAUGAACACAACCCUAAAUGUUUAGAAUUUUCAUAUUCUCCCCAGUGGCGUGGCGCAAAUUGCGAUGUAUCGAUUGUUAUGCCAUUUAAACUGAUGGUAAAGAAUCAAUUAUUAAGGUGUUCGCUGCGAACACCCGGUCUAUCGAUCCUUUUCCAUAGGUUUAAAUGGCAUAACAAUCGAUGUAUCGAAAUUCACGCCACGCUACUGAUUCUCCCUCUGGAACGUUCGGUGAUUGAUUUCUCAGAGAUAUUGGGACAAGUUUGAGUAUCACCCGAUCUGGUAAUGAGGCUUACGUUAUGAAUUUACUUUUGUAAAAAGAACAAACUGCGCGUUAGGUUGUGUUCGAUGCGUUUGUGCAGAGACGGAUCCAGCAAUUUGGCAGCACCGGAUGCCCUCCAUUUAAACCUAUGUUAAAUAACCGAUUCUUGUCGGAGCACCUGGCCCCUAUGAGAAUCGAUACAUUUCCAUACGAAUAAAUGCAGAAAAGCAAUGUUACUAAUUCGCUGAAUCCGCCAAAGCGUUUGUGUAUUCAUACUUUUUUCCUGUCCCGCUGAUCUCAGUUAAACUAAUUACUUAGGUGAAAUUUUGCUCGUUCCAGACGAGAUUUCUUCUUUUUACAUUUCGUAGAGAGAACUUAAUCAGCAAACUAUUAUGCUCUGUUUAAAAUGUAUAUGAAAGUGUAAAUUUUUGUACACUGUACGCUUUUUGUAAAGUUGACCCUGAAUGAGAUCCAUUAAUAAAUUAAGGUAUUUUUCAGUAUUCAUCUGAAAUAUCAAGAUCAUUAUUUAGUGUCUUUUAUCUUGUCCUAGAAGUUUUUCUUAUAUCCAACUGUAACAGCUGCUUGAGGAAAAAAAAAUAGUUUUUUUUUUCAGUUGCAUUAUUGAGUAGUUUCAAAGUUUUUGCCGGAUUGCCGUGCCCCUAAAUCAAUAUUUUAAAGCUCUGACCGGUAUCUUUUGUAAUAAAUUCAGUAUUCUGACGUAUGAAUAAAGAUAUGGUUCUUGACCACACAUUAUUUUGGCACUCUGCAAACAGUGGAAAA